AUGGUUGGGAAGUCUUUCAAUACCCUGGAGGAAGCUGACAGUUUUUAUUACGAUUAUGCCCACACCAUUGGGUUUAGUGUUCGGAAGGAUGUAAUGCGAAGGUCGACUAAGACGGAUGUCAUCUCAGAAAGGCAAUGGUGUUGUUCUGGGAAGGGAAAGAGACGGAUGAUGGAGAACAUUAUCACCCUACCACCAAAGCACACUCACUCGAAGGAUGUAAUGCGAAGGUCGACUAAGACGGAUGUCAUCUCAGAGAGGCAAUGGUGUUGUUCUGGGAAGGGAAAGAGACGGAUGAUGGAGAACAUUGUCACCCUACCACCAAAUAGAUGGUGUCUGGCUCGUCUCCGCGUCGUGUACUGUCCCGUGAUGAUGAGAUACAGAGUUACGAGGUUCGAAGCAGAACACAAUCACAAAUUGAUACCAAACACAUAUUCUCAUUUGUUGCGGUCACGUCGUAAUUGUAUGCCUUCACAUGUGGCCCAUGUAAUGGCCCUUAGAAAGGUUUCGGUUCCAACAUGUCAUACUUACGAAUAUAUGAUGGACCAAGCAGGGGGUUACGUGAAUGUAGGAUUUAGGGCAAAGGAUCUGUACAAUAAGCUGGAUGCCACACGUAGGGAAAUUAUGUUUGAAGGCGACACUGAAGCCGCUCUUGCAUACUUGAAUGGCAAAUGUGAUGGGGAUCCAAGGUUCUUUUGCAGAUUUAGUGUUGACGAGGACAAUCGAUUGUGCAACCUUUUUUGGAGAGACUCCACAGCCUUGAUUGAUUAUGGUUGUUUUGGAGAUGUGUUAUUAUUUGAUAGCACAUACAACACAAAUUGUUAUGAGAAGCCGCUGGUUCUCUUUGUUGGAUGUAGCAACCACCUCAGCAGCGUGGUUUUUGGAUGUGCUUUAUUGAUGGACGAGACUAUUGAGUUGUAUACAUGGGUGUUAGAGACGUUUUUGUCAUCCAUGGAUGGAAAACAACCAAAAGCAGUCCUAACUGAUGGUGAUCAGGCAAUGCGAUCUGCAUUAGAGAGGGUCCUACCUGGAUGUCCUCACCGCUUAUGUUCUUGGCACAUAGGCAAGAACGUUACUGCUAACAUUAAAUGCCCGAAACUGUCGAAAGUGUUUCGGAGGUUGAUGUGGGAUCAAUUAACCCCUCAUCAGUUUGAGACAAGGUGGGCUAGCAUGAUAGAGGAACACUCUCCUACAAAUGCUGGUUGGUUUGCCACAAUGUACAAAAAGCUUGAAAGAUGGGCCGAAACUUAUUGCCGAGGCUACUUUUUUGCAAAAAUGAGGAGCACCCAAUGUUGUGAGGGCACGAAUUGGUAUGUGAAGGAUUACUUGAAGCGAGGAAUAAAAUUGGUAGAGUUGGUCCCAAUCAUUUACAGAGCACAUUGCAGGCUAAGAAACAGGUUGAAGGAGCUGGAUUAUGACUCUAUCAAUUCAACGCAUGUGCUAACGACGCAGCUGAGGGAGUUGGAGAAGCACGCUGCCAACACGUAUACAGAUAAUGUAUUCUAUCUUGUAUGGAAAUAG